AUGUCAGGGCGUACGGGGCGUGUUCCGCCCUAUUCUCGUGAGCUGGACAGAGCCACCUACCAAUCCUUUGGAUCUGGAAUGUCACACGUCGUGGAAGUCGGAGACCGAGAUGUCCUCCAAGUGAACUUUCGCAAAACGCAGAUGCAGGUUCCACAAGCCUUUCUCGGAACUACUGAAGAAGGGUGGAAGCCUAAUGAAUGCAUCGACAAUGCCUUGAUUGUUAUGAAUUAUGCGGACCUUGCCCGACACCGUGAUCCGGACAUCUCCGACGACCAAGCAAAGGCAUUUUCAGCUAAGUUCAUGUUCUGGGAGCUGACGCUGUGGCUCGCGAGCAAUGCUCUUCGAGGUGUCUUGUCAUUCCACCUGCUCCACUGUGCCCUAGCGAACCAAGACGAACUCCAAAAGAAGGAGAAAAUGCAACUUCCCGACAAGUGCGGUGGUAUUACAAAUCUUUGGCUGCUCUUGUCGGGCCUUAUCCUUGUCCUCAUCAAGUACUUGACUGAGCUACAGGACAUCGUCGUCACACUGGGAUACUUCAUCUGGUGCCGGAAGAUCUGUCACGAGCCUGAGGUUCGAGGUGGAGAGCGUAACGCAGUCAACGAGGCUUACGAAAGUCAAGUCGGCUUUUUGCAAGCCAUGCUCAUUCUUCUUUGUAAGUUCUGCAUUGAGUCUUUCAUUGCGUUCUCUUCAUUUCGCUUUGUCCUCGUGUCCAAAGACAACGAGUCCGUCGUCCUCAACUGCCUGGCUGCUUCCUUCCUGAGCGAAAUUGACGAGAUGGUGUUCAGGGCAUUUUCGUCGAGGACAGCAAAAGACUUGCUGGACAAGCUUGAGGACUGGAGCGAUCGAGAUCAAGGUCGUGAGAUGGCAUGUUGUGAGAUGCGGCCACUGCUCCGAUGCUUCUUCACAUAUGUUCUUACUCCGGGGUUGGUGUUUCUUGCUCUUGCUCAUUUCCUUGACCCUUCUUUCCUUGAGGUGCUCAGCUGCGUGUUGUUCACUCCGAUCACUGAAAACAUGGUUGAUCGCUGA